AAAUGGCAUCUAAUUCAAAUGAUUCUCAUGUGGAAAUUCCAAUUGUAGAGUCUCCAGAUACAAAUAAGAAUAUUUUUGAGACCCCAGACGAAAAUAAAGAAAUUUUGGAAAUUGUCUGCUCGCCAAACUUGAAACAUGUUGCUGCAUUGGAUGAAGAUAAUAAUAUUAGUCUUUGGCCUGUUAGUCAAGAGCAACUUUUAAUGAAAAUUCGCACAAAUAAGAAUGGUGAAAAAAUAUUUGCAGUUUCAGAUUAUAAAUAUGUUUCAAUUAGUCAUGAGAGAGUCAAUCCUUAUAAUUUCAAGCAUAUGUUUUUUACAAGUAAAGAUAAUAUUAGCUGGGUUUGUAAAUCAAUGAUUGAGUUGAAAUAUUUUAAAAAAAUUUAUAUUACCCUUAAAAGCAAAUUGAUCAUAUUUAAUGAUACGAUUCAUGAGAUCACAAUGUGGGAUAUUGAUGAUUUAUCGAUUAAAGCUCGUAUUUUAAUAGAUUGGAAUUAUACACCUGAAUCUAUUGAAAUUAGUGAUGAUGAAGGAUUAUUAUUAGUACGUGCAAAAAAUGAGAAAACUGAAGAAUCACGCUUAUACGUAUUUUCAGCUGAAAAUGGAAUAAACCUGGUGUCCAGCGCGCAAUGUAAUUUAAUAGAUCCUUAUAACAUCGAUGAUUAUAGCAUUAAUGAUCAUAACACCAAUGGUCUAAUAGACGCGAGUAAACUUUUUGAAAGGAUUGAAGUGAAGCAAAAUCAAAAACCACACAUACUGUAA